AGCAGCAAUUCCGACUCGAGAAUUGAAAUGGCAUCGCGCCGCCGCGCCUAUAGAACGAUAGAACCAGCGAGAAGCAGAGGGGAGUGAGAGCGCGACAGGAAGAUGCUUCACGAGCUCCUCCUCGCGCUCCUUGGUUUCACGGGCGACUUCGUGAUCGACGAGAGGGAGCAGGCCGAGACCCUAGGUUUGGGCGCCGCAGACAAUCCGCUCCACCAGUUCCCGGACGAGCCCACCUUUAGACUCGCCCCCGAUCUCUCCUUUCUCCACCCCUCCGAAAGGAAUGUUAUCCAGAGACUCAUAUCAUUGGGUUUCUACUAUAGGGAACUUGAUCAUUUUGCAACCAUAUCUCGGAAUUUAAGUUUCAUACAGUCAACAAAAGAUUUCUCUCUGCCUCACAGUCCUGAACUUCUGAAAGGGAAACCGAGGAAAGGAAGCGUCUAUCGAAGGGCCAUUGCAAAUGGCAUUGUGGAGAUUUUGUCAGUUUAUAGAGCUGCUGUUCUUCAGGUUGAGCAGAAUUUGCUGUCUGAUCCUUUGCCAAUUUUGGCAACUGUAACCCAAGGCCUCAACAAGUUCGAGGUCCUCUUACCUCCUCUAUAUGAGCUUAUUGUGGAAAUUGAACGUGAAGAUAUUCGAGGAGGACAACUUCUUAAUCUUUUGCACAAACGUUGCCAUUGUGGUGUUCCUGAAUUGCAAGCAUGCAUUCAAAGGCUCCUUUGGCAUGGUCACCAGGUUAUGUACAACCAACUCACAUACUGGAUGGUAUAUGGUAUCCUUCAAGAUCAGCAUGGAGAGUUUUUCAUCCAGAGACAAGAUCGGAAGACUGAGGGCCAUGAGUUAUCUCAUCUUGAUGACAUCACAAAUUUGAUGCAGAAAUCAACUGAUGAUGGAGCUUUAACUGAUUGGCAUUUGGGGUUUCAUAUAUCUUUGGAAAUGCUACCAGAGUAUAUAAAUAUGCGUGUUGCUGAAUCAAUUCUUUUUGCUGGUAAAGCAGUUAAGGUUCUUCGAAAUCCUACUUCUAGUUUUAGACUACAGGAAUCCUCUGUGCGCCAAUCAGUGUUAAAAGGAUCUUGUAGAGUUCAAGGUUUUCUAGGAACUUUUGGUCUCGAAAGAGAAAUACCUCAGAGUUCCAAUUUGAUUGCUGAAGACUUACUUCCACAAUCCGAGGCUGAUAAAAUUGAUGCAAUGCUUAAAGAAUUAAAGCAAUCAUCUGAAUUUCAGAAAAGGUUGUUCGAAUCUGCUAUAAGCUCAAUUCGCACUAUUGCAGCUAAUCAUCUUUGGCAGCUUGUGGUUGUACGAGCCGAUCUAAAUGGCCACCUGAAAGCCCUAAAGGAUUAUUUUUUGUUAGCGAAAGGUGAUUUCUUCCAGUGUUUUCUUGAGGAGAGCCGUCAAUUGAUGCGUCUACCUCCUCGUCAGUCAACUGCUGAAGCAGAUUUGAUGGUCCCAUUUCAGUUGGCUGCAUUAAAGACUGUAAGUGACGAAGAUAAGUACUUUCCAAGAGUAUCAUUAAGAAUGCCUUCAUUUGGAAUUAACAUGACUGCCACUCAAGUGGAUUUUCCAAAGCUGAAGAGCAAUGCUGAUGGAAACUUGGUACCUUUGCAAGGGAGGACUUUAGUUGAGUCAUCACUAGAUGGUUGGGAUGGCGUUGCUCUUGAAUAUUCUGUUGAUUGGCCAUUGCAGCUAUUUUUCACUCAAGAGGUGAUAUCUAAGUAUCGCAAGGUUUUCCAGUAUUUGAUCAGACUCAAGAGAACACAGAUGGAAUUAGAGAAAUCAUGGGCUGCAGUAAUGCAUCAAGAUCACAUUGACUUUGCUAAUAAUCGAAGGGACUGCAAGAAUAACUCAAUACCUCAACAUCGUCGUCGACGCUCCUUGCCCAUGUGGCGAGUUAGGGAGCAUAUGACUUUCUUGAUUAGAAAUCUGCAGUUCUAUAUCCAGGUAGAUGUGAUAGAGUCUCAGUGGAAUGUUCUACAAGCUCAUCUGCAAGAUUCUCGUGAUUUUACUGAGUUAGUGGGUUUUCAUCAAGAAUAUUUGGCCGCUUUGAUUUCACAAUCAUUUCUAGACAUUGGAUCAGUCUCUAGAAUUCUGGACAGCAUCAUGAAACUUUGCCUGCAGUUUUGCUGGAUUAUUGAACAGUAUGAGAGCAAUCCAAAUAUAUCCGAAUUGGAGCAUAUAACUGAGGAGUUCAAUAAGAAAUCCAAUUCUCUUUAUACAAUAUUACGUAGCAGUCGUCUUGCCGGAAGUCAACGAGCACCUUUUCUACGACAAUUUCUCAUGCGCCUAAAUUUCAAUUCCUUCUUUGAGCAAACUGCCAGAGGUGUGCUGAAUGUUGUCAAGGCACGGCCAGCCAUCCCUUUUGUGCAGCAAGAGUAAGAGCGAAGCCCGAUUAAAAAGGCAAAUAAUGGCAAGUGUAUUAGUGCUGGAACAAGCCAUGGAACUUUAUUUUCAGAGGUGGAAGAGAGAAAGGAAGAGAUGGGAAGGAUAGAAUGGAAACAACAGUCUGGUGGUAAAUACUCUGUAUCCUCCAAAGGAAGAGAGAGAGAAGAAGCCAUGGUAAAUGUCAUUUUGUAAGUAUCCCAUUCUCUCCAAAUCGCAUGCUGUCCUCCGAACCGUACCAUACGCGUUUAUGUUUUCCGUAGACUAUCUAUCGAUACUUGGUGAGAAUAAGAGCCAAAAGUCCAUCCAUCAUAGCCAUCGCCAUCGGAGGUUCCGUUCUCCAUAAACAAAAGAUGUCAAACCCUGUAUGUAUUUGUUAGGGGUUUUGGUGUUAAAACAGUACAUUCGAUGGACAUACUAAACCUUUUUCUAAAUUUUCGA